UGAGCUUUGUCGUCACUAAAAACACCACUCCUGCUGUAGCUCAGCUGAGAAGCUGAAUGUUAUUUGGUAUGCACAACAUAAAAUCUAGCACUUCUACAUAGACCACCUUGUGGGAGUUCUUUUCAUUUGUAUAUAUAUUUUAUUAUCCACAAAAAUGAAAUCCCCAGAGCUUUAAUGGAUUUCAUAUCCUCUAAUGGAAAAUAUAAUAAAACACAAUUAGGGGCACAUAAGUUGCUCAACAUUAUCUUAUCCUGGCCUGUCAAAACUCUCAAAUCAAUUGAAUUGAUAUGCAUACUUUUCUUAUUUUAUUUUGUGUGAAAAUAAGAGCUCUUCCUUGUCCACUUGUUGAGAUGUGUUUCUCAUUUCAGGGACUGUUGACAUUCAAGGAUGUGGCCAUAGAAUUCUCUCAGGAGGAGUGGGAAUGCCUGGAUCCUGCUCAGAAGGCUUUGUACAGGGACGUGAUGUUGGAGAACUACAGGAACCUGAUCUCCCUGGAUGUCUCUUCUACAUGUGUAAUCAAGGAAUUGUCACCAAAAGAGAUCAUUAAUAAAGGAGAAUUAUUCCAGAGAAUGAUGUUGGAAAGACAUGAAAGUCAUGGCACCGAGGAUUUUGACUUCAGGCAAGUCAGGGAAAAUAUGCAUGAGUUUGAGAGUCAGUGUGGAGAUGAUGAAAGGAAUAACAAAGGAGUAAUUACAACCCAUAAAAAAAUUCUCACUGAUAGAAGAGAUCAACAUGUAAGAAGAGAUGUAGGAAACAAGUACAUGAUAUGUAUUGAAAAAAACAUUGAAUUAAGCUUUCAUUCAAAUCUGACUGAAAUGCCGAAAUUUCAGUCUGGAAGGGAAAUGUAUGAAUGCAAUCAAGUAGAGAACUCUAUCAAUGGUUCUUCAAUUACACCACUUCAAAAUAUUCCUCUUAGUGUGAAAACCAACAUUUGUAAUGCAUAUGGGGAUGUUUUCAUGCAUACUUCAUUGCAUGCACAACACCAGAAAAUACACAUUAGAGAAGAACCUUACAAAUGUAAUGACUGUGGGAAGGCCUUUAGCCAAAGGGCAAUCUUUACAAAUCAUCAGAGAAUUCAUUCUGUGCAGAUGCCUUAUGAAUGUAAUGAGAGUGUCAGAGCUUUUUACUGUGGCUCAAACUUUACUAAACAUCAAAGAACCCAUACUGGAAAGAAACCAUAUAAAUGUAAUGUGUGUGGCAAAGUCUUUAGUCAAAAAGGACACCUUGCAGUUCAUCUGAGAAUUCAUACAGGAGAGAAACCUUACAAAUGUAAUGUAUGUUGCAAAGCCUUUUACUGUGGCUCAAACUUAACUAGACAUCAGAGAAUCCAUACUGGUGAGAAACCAUAUAAAUGUAAUGUUUGUGGCAAGGACCUUAGUCGACCUUCAGGCCUUACAAAUCAUCAGAGAAUUCAUACUGGAGAGAGACCUUACAAGUGUAUAGAAUGUGGUAAGGCAUUUAUCCGAAGAACAAAACUUGUGGAACAUUGGAGAAUUCAUUCUGGAGAGAAACCUUACAAAUGUAAUGAAUGUGGGAAAGCUUUUACCCAAAGAGCAAACCUUAUAGAACAUCAGAGAAUACAUUUGAUGCAGAGACCUUACAAAUGUAAUGAGUGUGGCAAAGCCUUUAACUCUGCUUCACACCUCACUAGACAUCAGAGAAUCCAUACUAGAAAGAAACCAUAUAAAUGUUACAUAUGUGGCAUGGACUUUAGUCAAAAUUCAAAUCUUAUAAUUCAUACAAGAAUCCAUAUGGGAAAGAAACCUUACGAAUGUAAUGAAUAUGACAAGGCUUUUAGCAAUCAAUCAGUCCUCCGGGGUAAUGAGAGAAGUCAUGCUAGAGAGAAAAAUUACAAAGGUAAAGAGCGUGGAAAAGCCUUUAACUGUGGCCCAAAUCUUACUACACAUCAGAGAAUCUGUUCUGGAGAGAAACCAUAUAAAUGUAAUAUAUGUGGCAAGGUCUUUACUCAAGGUAAAAGACUUGCAACUCAUUAUAAAAUUCAUAUUGGGGAGAAACCUUAACAGCAUUAUAAAUGUGGUAAGGCUUUUACCUAAAGAUCAGAUUUGCCGAACAUCAGACACUUCAUGGUAGAGACAAACCUUACGAAUGUAAUAAGUGGCAAAACCUUUAAAUGGGGCUCAGUCCUCACUAAACAACAGAAAAUUUAUAAGGGAGUGAAAUCAAAUCAAUCUAUAAGGCAAGUUGUUACUUAAAAUUCACAGCUUGCAAAUCAUCUGAGAAUUCAUUCUGGAGAUAAAACUUAUAAAUAUAUUUGGUAUGCUUUUAUCAAAUGUUCACGUUUGAGGUCUGAAGAGAAUUCAUACUGGAGAGAAAUAAGUGUAAACAAUGUGGUAAAUCAUUUUUCUUAUUUCACAGUUUAUUGCACAUCAGUUCGUACUAGGGAUAAAUAAAUCUCUAUAAAGAUAAAUCAGCCUCAGUUACAUUCUACAGUGUAAUUAAAGGUUGAAUUCUCUUCAAACUCAUGAGAUGUGUGUCCAAAGGAGCAAUGAUAUAUGGAAAGAUCCAUCUUAAUAAAAUAUUUUUCUUCAGUUAUUUGAGGUUUCUUAAAAAGGCUACAUUACUAUUCAUAACUUUCUCCCUAAGGUUUUAAAUCUUGCCAUUAUGCCUUCAUUACUGGCCUUUUACAUGUUACCAUGAUAGUCUCCGGGGAGUGAUGAAGGAGAUGAAAGGUCUUCUUCAUUAAGUGGGGAUCAUUCAUCUCCAUGUUCCUUAAAAGAACAGGAAGCCUGAAUUUUAACAUGCAUUGUCGUUGUU